AUGUUUAUACAAUAAUUUAUUAUUUUGUCAUAUGAUUUAUUAAACGGUAAACAAUACAGGCAUGAAUUUCAAACUUUUGAAAGAAUCUUACCGCAAAGAAUCUAGUGCCUUCUAUCUUUCAUUGGCUGCAACUGUAUCAUUUUUAUUUAAUUGUUAAGUCCUGGUUCACAUAUUUUAUGUAACGUGUAAAGUUUAGUCCACCUGGUCCUUUGACGUUUAUUAUUUAUUGUGCCAGACUCGAGACAGGGAUACAGAAGAAAUGUCAAAAUAAUAAAAAAUAUCCCUGAUCGCUCUCGAUAAUUGUGGCUAUUGUAAAUUUAGCUUCGAUCAUUGUGAAAUAUGCUAAAAGAAUCCCGUAAAAAUUGAACACACCGUUGAACACAGUUGUGUCUAUUUUUAUCAAGACACCUUCAGCAUGAUUUGUUUUCACUUCCUUUUUCUAAGUGUUUGUCGAUGUAAGCUUUUAUAUAUGAGAAAUAGGUUUCUUUCCAUUGUCUGUAAAAAUCACAUGUUAAAUGUACUGGAAUAACAGCAACUAUUGUAUUAAUUGAACAAAAUCUGAGAAAGUAGAUAUGGAAAUUCAGCCCUAUUUCCAUGCGGUACUUUAUGUUAACUUUCACUGAUUAUAUGUAAAUCAUAAUAUCAGUAUAUUACAAAAUGUUAACACGGAUACACGAUAAUUAUACAUCCAUUUUUCUCACAAAUAUCAGAUUUGCACUGUGUAAAAGUAUGACCGCUUUCCCUCAGGUCUGACGAAUGACUGAUAUUUUUGAAAACUUUACACAUGUCAGGCAUCGAACGAUGACGUCAUCUACACGAGCAAUCAAACUGCGUCUCUGGUCUGGUUACGAACAUGAGGAGUGUUGACGAGAUUAAGACGAUGUGGAGAAACGCAAAAGGAAGAGUAAAAGAAAAGGUAGAUAAAAGUAAAAUGACUGGUGCUGGUGUGAUUGAGCCCCUAACAGCAUGCGAAGAGUUCGUUAGCAACCACAUGUACGCUAACAAUCAGUGCCAGUUGCUAGGGAUUCCCGGAGGAUCAGAAACAGCCACUUAUGUUGCACAGUCAUUACCAAGCGGCCAAGAGAUUACUAGAGACGAUGGUCUGAUCGUGCUACACCUUGACGACAACAUGAACAUCUCGGAUAUAAUACAAACCCCAAGCCCAGUGCGAGAUGAACAAGAUUGUGAUCGCCAGGCGGCAGAAAAGAAGCCGAUGUUUAAAGGGAAGAAAAGCACACUGAAAAGGAAAGGAGAAAGAACGGAGGAUUUGUACGAUCUUGAGGAGCAGCGCUUGAACGCUGAAUUAAAAUCAUUUAGGGCCCAAGAGAGGUAUUGGACGGAAAAGAACAAAAGGGAGGCAGCAGUUCAUGAACUUAACAUUGAACUUUUGAAGAGAAGAGUCGAAAACGAAAACUAUACUUAAAAUAUAUUUAAAUGAAUGUAAAAAUCCCAACAUCAUCUUAAGAACCAAUUCUUCGUAUUUGUCAUUUUAGCUCGACUUUUCGAAGAAUAAGGAGGGCUAUACAACUCGCCCAACGUCUGCGUCCGGUUAACGUUUUAGGGCAAUUUGGGCUUUUCACUAUAAAUCGAAUAGCCUUCAUCUAAUUGACUUAAUACUUCACACAGUCGUUCAUGUCCGUUACAGGAUGAGGUAAGGUUACUCCAUAUUAUCCUUUAUACAAAUUAUGGCCCCUGAUUGAUUAUGGAACUUAUGUUAAAGCAACUGUGCACCAGAUGAUUAAUUUGCAAGAAAAAAGGAAAUUGUCGAAAACUGACAAAAACUUGGAAUUAAUGUGUACAAUUAAUUGAAAAUAACUAACUGAAGUACCACAUAGUUUACAAUUUAUUUAGGUUUAA